AUGGCGAGUUCAAGUGGGGUAGGUGGCAGGGAGGAUGUCUUUAGUUUUCAGAUUGAAGAAGAAGAUUUGGCAGAGCUACCAGUCGGACAAGAGGGAGAGGAAGGGGGGAUCGAUGAAAGAUGGUGUCUUGUAGGAAGAUUUUUGUCGAAUCGUAUGAUAGAUUUCGAUAAGAUGCAGAACAUUCUAGCUUCGUUAUGGCAACCGGGAAUGGGAAUGUUUUUCAAAAAGCUUGAAGAUAAUCGUUUCUUAUUUCAAUUCUAUCACGAAGUGGACAUUCAAAGAGUCAUCAAUGGGAGUCCUUGGACUUUUGAUCGAAUGCAACUGAUUAUUGAACGACUACCGGUGGGAGGGGACCCGACUUCUCUUCAAUUAAAUCAUCUUGAUAUAUGGGUUCAAAUACAUGAUGUUAAACCAGGAUGUAUGAAAGAAACGACGGUGCGAGGGGUAGGCAAUACGCUCGGGAAGUUUUUAGAGAAAGAUCCUAAAAAUUUUGUUGGUGUUUGGAGGGAUUACCUUCGGGUAAGGGUUACUCUUGAUAUUAGGAAGCCAUUAAGGAGAAGACAGAAGCUCACUCAUGAAAAUGGUAGCUGGUUUUGGGUUCACUUCAAGUAUGAAAGAGUUCCUACCUUUUGCUUCAUAUGUGGUGUAAUUGGCCACUCCGACAAGUUCUGUAGUCGUUUAUUCCAGCAGCCUAUUGACCAGAUUACGAAGCCUUAUGGUGAGUUCAUGAUUGCUACGCCACAAAGAUCGUACAAGAAUAUCGGAGCAAGGUGGCUGAGGAACAGAGGGUGGUCGCCGACGGCAAACUCUGGGGACAAUGCACCUGGUCAUAGUUCAAACCAGACUAAUAUGGAAACUAAUCCUCCAAUUGGUGUGACCACAAGUCACGGCCAAGGAAUUUUGCACAAGAAUGGAAAAAUCAUGCUAUGA